GGAUACAACAAGGCAGACCCUGUGAAAAGGUCCUGCGAUGUUGGAAUUGCAGUAGUUACAGAUUGACCCUUUAAAUGCACCUUGCGCAAGCCUGUUUUGUAACUAUUAAAAAAAAAAAAAAAACACUACAGAUUCCGGGAUUUUUUUUUGUUUGUUUUUUUGUUUGUGGCCCUCAGGAUGCGUCUUCUGAGUGGCUUAAAGGCUGCCAAUUUCAACCAGGUGCGUCCAAUCGGCUUACUACUCCUUAAGUAGGUUUAGCCAAUGAAGCAGAAGCGGCCAUGUUGUGUCCUAGGAGACUCGGAGGCUGUUGGGGGGAUCCGGGAAGCUCUCCCUAUCCGGAGUUUGAGGUGGGGAAUCCGGGCUGCGAGACUCAACUGGAGCACCAAGUAGAAUAGAAUUGAUCGCCAUGAGCCGGCCGUCCUCUGCGGGCGGCGGAGGCGGAGGACUAGGGGCCGGGAAAGCAGGGGGUGGAAAGCACGGUGUCUCUGCUGGGGCAGCUGCCGCUGCUGCAGCUGCAGUUGCUGCCGCCGCUGCUGCCGCCGCCGCCGCCGCGGCUGCAGCAGCUGCUGGAGUGGCUGGAUCAGCGGCCGGAUCAGGCUCAGUUACUCCGGCUGCCGCUGCUGCUUUGCCCACGACAGGCCUCCCGUGCCAAGCCGCAGAACUCACUGCUCUUUUUGAGUGCCCGGUGUGUUUUGAUUACGUGCUGCCACCGAUCCUGCAAUGCCAGGCCGGGCACCUAGUGUGCAAUCAGUGCCGACAAAAGCUGAGCUGUUGCCCAACCUGUCGCGGGCCUCUUACCCCCAGCAUCAGGAACUUGGCCAUGGAGAAAGUGGCUUCCACUCUCCCGUUCCCCUGCAAGUAUGCCUCGGCUGGCUGCCUGCUGUCCUUGCACCACAGCGAGAAGCCGGAGCAUGAAGAGGUGUGUGAGUUCCGGCCAUACACCUGCCCCUGCCCGGGGGCCUCCUGCAAGUGGCAGGGCUCGCUGGAGGCGGUCAUGCCCCACCUGAUGCACGCCCACAAGAGCAUCACCACUCUGCAGGGCGAGGAUAUCGUCUUCCUGGCCACAGACAUCAACCUGCCAGGGGCCGUCGACUGGGUCAUGAUGCAGUCAUGCUUCGGCCACCACUUCAUGCUGGUGCUGGAGAAGCAGGAGAAAUACGAGGGCCACCAGCAGUUCUUCGCCAUCGUGCUGCUAAUUGGGACCCGUAAACAGGCCGAGAACUUUGCCUACCGCCUGGAACUCAAUGGGAACCGCCGCCGGCUGACGUGGGAGGCCACGCCUCGGUCCAUCCACGACGGCGUGGCUUCUGCUAUCAUGAACAGCGACUGCUUGGUCUUUGACACCUCCAUUGCCCACCUCUUUGCAGACAAUGGCAACCUGGGUAUUAAUGUCACUAUAUCCAUGUGCUGAGCAGCAGUUGUGUUGGCAAUGAGUGGGGAAGUUAAGAGAGAAAGAGGAACCUGCCUCAGGAGCAGGCAAAUGAGGGUCUUUGUAUUUUUCUCAUUAUGGAAACCCCAUAGGAAGAGGUAUCUUGCUAAACUCUGCAGAGUUGUGCAAGGGUGACUGGCUGCUGCAAACUGCUCUGAUUUCAAGUAAUCUGUGUGAGGAGAGGCAUGAUUUUGUGUUUGUGAGCCUGCAUUGGGCGUUGCUAUAAUGCUGCAUACGUGCAUUUUAAUUUUUUUUUUUUUUUUUUUUUUUUUCCCCCUGGCAAAUUUGCAGCAGUCAGCUGACCUGUACAGGUAUGUGUGCUGGUUCAUGCAGUCAUCUUGUACACUGAUGCUUGGGUGUGCAGGUGUACGGCACCUGUUUCUGUGUGUGCAUGUAAGUAUGCAUCAGUGUGGCUGUGUGUGCAUGCAAGUGUGUGGAAGCCAAGGUGUGUACUGUGCAUAGGUAGUAAAAUUGCACAUUGUGCACACAAGACUGCAAGUUAAUGUGGAGAGCAGGAUAGAGACUGAUCAUUGUGAUUUUAAUGGUGAUCAAGUGGUCCAGCAAGGUAAGGUCAAAACUUAUUCUGCAUUAUGUGAUGCAGAGCAGGCAAGCUCCACCAGAGGGCACGUUGAGGCACUUUGGAAAUAUCAGACUGCAGUCACUUUGGUAGCAUAGAAAUAGCAGUGAGGAAUAGGUUUGUUCUAAAUUGAGAUUGGGAGAGAUGUUUUCCCAAAAAGGUAGGAACUUAUGACCUGAGAACAUGGGAUACUAUGAGCAGAGAGUUUAAGUGUAGAAUAUGUCAUUCAAAACCCAGCAUUCUUCAGCGAUUGGUACAAUACUUUAAUCUUUCUGGAGCUCCAAAAUAUUCUACUGGGACAUUUGAUGCUGCCAAGUGGGAUUGAAGUGUGCCACCAUAAUACCUUAGACGAACGCUUAAGGUGUGUGUGUGUGUAAUAUAUGACUAUAUAAAUUACACACACCAUGUUGCAAUGGAAACAAAGCUAUAUCAAAAUAAAUAAACUAUUUAUGUACGUAUGGAGGUACAAGGGAAAGUAUAUUCAGAUACUAUAAAUGAUCCUACGUCAUGGUGCUUCCUGAGUCGGCAGCUUCCUUUAAAAAUGCCACUAUCACGCUUGCAAAACAUUACUUAAAAUAAAGACUUUCCACCAAGUGAUGAAAAUUUCAGAAACGGUGAGGUUCAAUUUAAUAACAAGAAUUUAAGGAGAUGUUUUAAGAGGAGCAAAAUAAAAUAACACCAAAUAUCCAUUGAACAUGUUUUCUGAGUGUCAGCUAUAACAGUGUGGCCUAAGCAUAGCAAGUUCAUUCAUAAACUGUUCAAACAAUGUGCUUUAAGAAACAAGAUUUUAUAUAAUUUUACAUUUUACCUGUGGGCAAAGUGAAUAAAUUGAGUCAGACUAUAUUAUCGCACAGUAAUAUGUCCUGUUGGUUUUGGUCUGUUAAUGCACUUGUAAGUGCAUUGUGUGAUCUGACCCAUACAUUAUUUUAGUCUAUAUUGCAGUAUUAUGAUGGGCAUUCUUGCAGUAGGGUUACCUUCUUCACACGCACACAUCAUGAUAUACAGGUAUUUAAUAGUGAAUCCGUGAUCCUCAGAAUUGCAGGCAAUCAAGCUUUUUUUGUACACAGCCACUAUACAGCCGCAUCUCUUCAGUGUGUUGUGGCAGAAAUGUUAUUUCUUAUCAUUUUCUCAAGUAUUUAUCCCGACUCUGAUGGUUUAGCUGAACAGAUUGUAUAGAUAGCAGGGCCCUAUUUACUUAACAGCUGACUGCAGUCUGUGAUGCACUUUGCGAUUGGAGUGAGAGCCACUGAUAUUGCACAGAAGGCUCGUCUGCCAGAACUAGCUCUAGGAGGUGUACACUUGAAGUCCAGGAAGCUGUGCGUUCUGUUUAUUCAAAUGGGAAUUUGCAUCACUCUGGCUUUGAAAAUCGUAUAUAUUUGUAAGUCUUGAUGUUAUUUCCAUGCUUUUUUGUUUGGUUAGGUAGAAAGACAAAUAUGUAUAGUUUGUUGCACUUGUGUUAACAAAGGUGUAGCAUUAUUACCGUGGAUUUUCUGUGAAGGCUUCAGGGAAUCGAAAGACCUUGGUGCAAUACAGCAAGUUUCUUGUGUUGCUCUUAAAUGACCCUGCCAGCAGCAUUGCAGCCUGUUGCUUCAAAAUUGAAAGCCAGGUACCAGUGCCAUGCCGUUACUACACAGCCACAGUUUAAACAGUAGCCAUCCUGGUAUGCUUUUGUUUUCAUUUCAGAAAGCCAUACAGAUUGCAGUUCUAAAUUAUUGUAUGUUUUGUGGAGCCACAGUUGCUGAGUGUUGGUUUUAUUUGUAUCAAAUUUAGUAUUUUGUGUAUUGCAGAAAGUAUUAUUCAUGGUUUGGUAAUAUUACAUGGGCUAGAUUUGUUUAUCUUCUAGUGAUAUUAUUAUUAAUAAAUAUGCUUAACACUUUAAGGGGGAUUUCAAAUAUUCAGAUAGUAAAAUAAAUUUUCAUAUUAAAGUUGAUGGUUGUCUAAAUGGUGACAAAAAAUGGUAUACUAAGAACAGUUAGAUAUCUGUGAAACAGUAGGUAAUUUUUUUUCAAAUCCAUCAAACUUGGUUGGAAAACUAUAGAAGAGUCACUCCUUGGACAACAAAAAUUAGUGGUUGAUCGUGUCCAUACAGUACAUUGUAUUGACAUAAAUGUAUUAGUCAUAAUCAUUAUCUAUUUAUUAAAUAUUUGAGAGGUCCUGCAUAGGACUCUGUGGCAUCGGGAAUAAACCCAUGAAAUUGUAUUCGGAUGGGAAAUUGGCAUCUGAUUUGAUUUCUUGCAGCAUUUAACCUUUCGUAGCGAUUUUUACAUUUUAGGUUUGUGGGCGAGAUUCUAGAUCCAAUGUUAUAAUCAAGCAUUCCAAAUACACAACUGAGUAACUGUUUAAUUAACAUUUAUGAUGGUAAGAAAAACAAAUUUGACACACAUCACUUAUGUUAAGUUUGGUGUAUUGGAUGCUUCCCCCCCCCCCCCCCCCCCUUCCUCUCUUCUGCAGUUUUGAGUUUCAGCAGUCCACCAUGGAAUACAGAACCGCCGACUGUUGCAUGCCGUCAGACAAACUGUUCCAGAUCAUGCAAGACAGAAUUUGU